GUCAACAGUGUUGUACAUAAUCAAAAUGCCUGACGUAAUGAUAGCAGGGAUACCGGUGAGCUUUCCAUUUGAGCCCUACGAUGUCCAGAAAGCAUACAUGGAGAAGGUAAUAGAGAGCCUACAAAACAAUACGAACGCUUUGUUGGAGUCACCCACAGGAACUGGAAAGACUUUGAGCCUACUAUGCUCUACCUUAGCCUGGCUGCUCGUUAAAAAAGCUCAGCUCCAAAUGAAUGCUCAAUUAGGUAAUUUCAAUGAUCAUAGUGGUCCUGGAGGAUUUGGCGGCGCAUUAGGAGAGAAACUUAAAUCUGGAGUCGGUAAAGGCAAAGACAACGUUUCCUGGGGCAUGCCCAAAAUUAUCUAUUCCUCAAGAACUCAUUCACAAUUAACUCAAGCAAUGCAAGAGUUGAAAAGGUCAAGUUAUAGACACGUGAAAGCGACUGUUCUAGGAUCUAGGGACCAAAUGUGCAUACACCCUGAGGUCUCUAAAGAGACCAACAACAUGAAUAAGGUGCAUAUGUGUCAGCUGAAAGUUAAGUCCAGGACUUGCUACUUUUAUAACAAUGUUGAGUCUAAAAAGGAAGAUAGAGCAGUAAAGGGUGAUGAAAUUUUAGACAUAGAAGAUUUGGUAACUGUUGGGAAAAAAUUGAAAUGCUGUCCAUAUUAUUUGUCUAAAGAACUUAAACAAGAUGCUGAUAUAAUAUUUAUGCCUUAUAAUUAUUUGCUUGACCCUAAAUCAAGAAAAGCAAAUGGUGUGGAAUUAAUGAACAAUAUUAUUAUUCUGGACGAAGGCCACAAUGUUGAGAAAAUGUGCGAAGAAUCAGCUUCUCUACAGAUCAGAACUACAGAUGUCGCGUUAUGUAUAGAUGAAAUCACUCAUGUGAUGCGUUCAUUCAGUGAAAACAGUGAAGAGCUUAUGGAUUCUGGUGUAGACAACAAUCAGCCCAAAGAUUUUACUGCAGAUGAUUUAUGUAUUUUAAAAGAAAUGAUGCUGGCAUUAGAAAAAGCAAUAGAUGAAAUUGAAAUUAGCAAAGAUGGUAGCACUUUCCCUGGUGGUUUCAUAUUUGAGCUUCUUGGGAAAGCAGAAAUUAGAGAUCAUAAUCAAAUGUCUGUGAUAACUUUGUUUGAAAAUCUUAUUCAAUAUUUGUCUUGUGCUAGUGCUUCUCCAUUUCAGAAGAAGGGUAUUGGUCUGCAGAAAAUUGUAGACCUUUUGAAUGUUGUUUUUAGUGGAACAACACAUGCUUACAAGGAGAGAGUAAAGCUGUGUUACAAAGUCCACAUUCAAGUUGAAGAUAAGAAGAACAACAAGAAAACUGAUAAUUGGGGAGUUCUAAAAACUACAAGUACUAGAAACACUGAAAGAGUUCUGAGCUACUGGUGCUUCAGUCCAGGGUUUGGGAUGAAACAAUUGCUGGAUCAAAAUGUUAGAAGCAUAAUUCUCACCAGUGGUACUCUAGCACCAUUGAAACCUUUGAUUUCAGAAUUAGGAAUUCCAAUUGGCGUCCUUCUAGAAAAUCCGCAUAUAGUAAAAGAAAAUCAAAUUUGUGUGAAAAUUAUUGGUCAAGGCCCAGAUUCAACACAACUGAAUUCUAAUUAUCAGAACCGUGAUAAUCCUAAAUACAUAUCCUCAUUGGGUAGAACUAUUCUCAGCUUCUCUCGUGUGGUACCUGAUGGGCUCCUGGUGUUUUUUCCAUCAUAUCCCAUAAUGAACAAGUGUCAAGAAAUGUGGCAAGCUGAAGGAAUUUGGUCCAGUAUAAAUAGCAUAAAACAAAUAUUUGUAGAACCUCAAAGAAAGGACACUUUCAGCACCAUAAUUAAUGAUUAUUAUGCUAAAAUAAAAGAUCCUACUACAAAGGGAGCUUGCUUCUUGGCAGUUUGCAGAGGUAAAGUAUCAGAAGGUCUGGAUUUUGCAGACAUGAAUGGCAGAGCAGUGAUAAUCACUGGUUUGCCUUUUCCUCCAAUGAUGGACCCAAGGAUUAUACUCAAGAAGAAAUAUCUCGAAGAGUUGAGAGUGAAAGAUAAAGAUUACUUGUCAGGCAGUGAAUGGUACUCUUUAGAAGCAACAAGAGCAGUAAAUCAAGCUAUGGGAAGAGUGAUCAGACACAAGAAUGAUUAUGGAGCUAUUUUGUUAUGUGAUAGUAGAUUUAACAAUCCAAACCUAAAGAGCCAAUUGUCUGCAUGGCUGCGAGGCCACAUAAAAGUGUCUAACAAGUUUGGAGAGACAGUUAGUGAGAUAUGUCGAUUUUUUAAAAAUGCAGAGUCCUCAUUGCCUGCUCCAAGACUCAAGCCUUUGCUUCCACAUGAAUCAAAUUCAUUUAACUCUGGGUACAAGGACAAUGGGUCAGGGGACACCAGUGGAAUAUCAUUUCCCACAGCAAAUACAAGACUAAUAAAUAGAACAAACAGAAAAUCUGUUAGCCAAUAUCCAAACUCCAAUGAAGUUUAUGCAGAUUUCUCAAUGGAUUUCUACAAGAAAGCUCAGUCAUCAGCUUAUGUCAAUGAUUUCAAACCUAAAGAAGCAAAGGACUUAUUCAGUGCAUUAGACAAAGAUAGCCAAUCUUCAGAAGGACCUUCACAAUCUUUAGUAACAAUACAUAAAAGAAAUGGUGAUGAUAUCAGUGUUCCUAUAGCAGCAAAAAAGAAGAAAUUAAAAAUCAAACCAUUUGGUUUUGAAGAGAACCUUAAUAAAGCAUCAGAAACUUUUGUGGAAAAAAUAGCUCCCACUUCUUUGAUAGACUUUGUUAAAGAAAUAAAAACAUUGUUACAACCUGAUCAAUAUAAGAAUUUUCAGCUAUCUAUCUCGGCAUACAAAAAGGAAGGGAAUUAUGGAUUGUUUUUAAACUCUUUGAUUUGUUUAUUUGAAAAUAAAAAGCUGUUUUAUUUAUUUAAAGGAAUGAAAAGGUUUUUAAAAGAAGAGCAUAAGCCUGGUUUUCAAGAUUACUGUGAUAAUGUAUCAUUUGACAGUUGA